AUACAGCGCUUACGGCUACGCACGUUCGCUACAAACUAAAUUCUAGCUUUUCUCGAUUGGCUGAGCCUGUUGAGAAUAUAGAACGGCUUCCACAGUAACGAUGAAGUUUGGCCGAAAGAUCAGCACGGAUCUGUACAAUGAAUGGCGCCCGUUCUACUUGGACUAUAACUCGCUCAAGCGAGAACUUAAGGACCGCACAACUUCUCAUUCGUGGGACGACAAAGACGAACGUGAAUUCACGGAGAGACUCGAAGCAGAGUUAGAUAAAAUACAUAAUUUUCAGAGGGCUAAGACGUCUGAACUCUCUCGACGCAUCACGGAUGCAGAACGCGACGUAAAGCAACUUGUUUCUGGGGCGCUCGAAGAGGAACAGCUCGACCAAUCCGGACACACACGUUCAAGGCAAGAUCCGGAAUCCCAACAACGCGAAUCCCAUCACGUUUUGGACGAAGGCUCGGAUGAUGAAGAUGAAUCUGACGGCCGAGAGACAGAUGAUGAAUCUUUUGACGCCCUCGAAAAUAGGUUUCAUUUGCUGGAGGAGGAGGUUGCGAAUCUAGUAGCGGACGUUCAUGACUUGGCAUUAUAUACCAAGUUGAAUAUCACUGGAUUUAUGAAAAUUUUGAAGAAACACGACAAACAAACAUCGUUCCUCCUCAAACCCAUAUUUAUUCCGGAAUAUCUCGAAAAGCGCCCAUUCUACAAAUAUAACUGGGAUGCUCUUAUUGUCAAACUGUCGAAGCUGUACGAUCUUGUUCGAACCCGUGGGCAUCCCGUACAGGGUGAUGCAAGUGCAGGCGGAAGUCAGAGUGCAUUUGUGAGACAAACCACAAAGUACUGGGUCCAUCCUGAUAAUCUCAUUGCUCUCAAGUUGGCUAUUUUGAGGAAUUUACCAGUGCUAGUGUUCAAUUCCGAUAAAGAUUUCGAGCAAAAAGAUUCCGCUAUCACUUCAAUAUAUUUCGAUAACGAAGACCUCGAGCUCUACCUCGGUCGUUUGGAGAAAACUGAAGGCGCAGAAGCUAUCCGGCUCAGGUGGUACGGUGACACCGACGUCAAAACUGUUUUCGUCGAACGUAAAACGCACCGUGAGGAUUGGACUGGCGAAAAAUCUGUCAAAGCUCGAUUCCCUGUCAAGGAACACCUCGUCAAUGCGUUUCUCAGAGGUGAAUACACAGUCGAUGAAGAUUUCCAACAGCUGGUUGCGAAGGGUAAGAAGACGCAACAGGACGUGGAUAGUAUGAUUCAGUUAGCGAAUGAGGUGCAGUACGCAGUACUGACAAAAAAGUUGGUCCCCGUAAUGCGAACCUUCUGCAAUCGAACAGCAUUCCAACUUCCCGGUGACGCUCGAGUGCGAAUUUCACUCGAUACCGAACUUACUAUGAUUCGGGAAGACAACUGGGAUGGACGAAUGCGCUCAGGUGACAAUUGGCGACGGACGGAUAUUGGUAUUGACUGGCCCUUCGAACAACUUCCACCCGAUGACAAAGAACUGUUCAAAUAUGGUGUUCUAGAAGUAAAAUUACAGACACAGCUAGGACAGGAACCUCCACAAUGGGUGACGGAUCUCGUUCAGUCACAUCUGGUAGAAGCCGUGCCAAAGUUCAGUAAAUUCAUACACGGUUGCUCAACUUUGCUUCCUAACCGUGUAGAUCUGGUACCAUUUUGGCUUCCACAAAUGGACACCGAUAUCCUAAAACCCGACACUGGUUACCUCACUGUUAUUGAGCGUCCUGUGCAUUUGUCCAAGGGGUCUUCUGCUGCUUCUGGUUCCGGAUCUGCAUCGCGGGACCUCUCACCCCAUGCAGAAAAGUACACCGAGCCUGUAUCGGAAGACGAGGAUGAUUCCGACAUGCUUCGUGCACCUGCGCGCGACGAGGAUAAACGUACGGGUUUGACGGAAACCCAAGUUGCGGAGGCAGUUGCAUAUCGGGAGAAUAUGCUCAGGGAAAGGAGACAAACGGAAGUUGCGGACGGCAAGAAACCGAAUCCAGGCUGUUAUGGCUCUGUGCCUAAUAAUACCGACGAAAAUGCAGUGGAGGAUACCGAUGAGACUGCAGACGAGAGAACACCGUUCCUGGUGAAAACUAAAGAUCGAAGUCUCAGCCAAACGCGCUCUGCUCUCAAUGCCCUUCCGAUUAACCCUCUGGCGCCAUCUUCGGCUUUCGAUGAGACAUUCAGAAACCAAUUACAAGACGAGGCGAAUGACGGCGCCAUCAGAGACGCAGAUGGAGAGGAGGACGCACUAGCUUCCUCGGGUGAAAAUCGCCUACUAUCUAGAGAUUGGCGCGCACCUGUAGGAAAGCACAUUUCUAUACCAGUACGGAUUGAGCCAAAGGUAUACUUUGCUGCUGAAAGAACGUUUUUGAAAUGGCUGAACAUCUCGGUUUUCAUCGGAACAAUUGCCACUACCCUCCUUAAUUUUACAUCUCCGGAGGAUUCACGGGGGCUGAUCAGCGCUGCGUUGUUUACCCUUUGUGCUCUCAUUGCAAUUGCUUAUUCGGCCGGGGUAUUCAUUUAUCGAUCAUAUAGAUUGAGGGCGAGAAGGGCAGAAGGACUCUAUUAUGACAAGUAUGGGCCAACACUGCUUUGUUUCACUCUUGCUGCUGCGAUGACUGUGAACAUUGGCUUGAGGGUGGGAGAGAUGAUGGAAGACUAGCUUGAUUUGUUCUCAUCUGUUGUCUUAUUUAUAGUGUGCUGCUUACCAUAGUAUAGUCCGGAAUUGAGAGGUGAAGCGUCCAAGUACAAGUACUCAUCAUGAAGACUAGCGC